CGUAAAUGAAACGUAUUCCCUCUCAUUAAAUUCUGUUUUAAUACGCGCUGAGGACGCGAUCUCAUUUUCUUUCAAAUUCUUUUCCGCUCUGUAAAUUUUUCUUCACAUGAGUGCCGUUAUAAAAAUUCGAGUCGUUUAAAAAGCCGAGCUUUGCAUUUUUUAAUUUGCUAGCCCUUGCAUUUUAAAUUUUUUUUCCUUCCAUGACUAUUAUUCCAGCUUAGAUCGCAGCAGCAAAUCUUACGAGGGACAAAACAGAGAAUCCUUUUGGCCUUUGGGACGCUUCAAAUUACCAGGUUUGACAUUUCAGACCCUUGAAAUAAAAUAGAAAAGGCCUGCAAGUAAACAGAUAUAGCAUCUCAGCAAAAUGAAUGAAAAAUCAGUUCCGUUAGCUCAUGUUUUAGGCCAUUAAAAAAAUACUGGGGACUCGUUUUUCUGGUUAAGAUUUUUUUCCAUUAAGUGAAAAAUAAAGUCUGUUAGUUACUUUGUUAGGGUUUUGAAAACCCUGCAGACCGAUCAGACAUGCAGUUGAGAUAUUCUGUCAACAGUAGAUUGGACUGCAGGCUGAUUUAUUGAAAUAACGGAGUUUUUAAGUGUCGUUUCCAAUCGGGACGCUUUGCUGUGGGUUUUUCUAAAAUUUUGUUGUUGUGGUGGCGAAUUCGGUUGAAUUACGUCAUUUGAUGGAAAUUUAAUCCAAGAUUACUUGAAACGGCAGAUAAAUGUAUUGAGACUUAAGCGAUAACUUUUGAAAAUUAGGGGACGGCCACAUCAUUUUGAUGCAUUGUUGAUUACUUUUUCCCGAGACUACAUUGAACAUUUGCCCGGUGGAGGGUUUUUUUUGAAGAACUUGAAAUUCAGCAUAAUCUUUUCCGAAAUGGUACCAUUUGAUGUAGAUUCUGUCAAGGCGUUGUUCACGUCCUUGGAAAGAAGAUCAAAUUGAGUAUUUUCUGUUGAAAGAAUGUUUGUAAAUUGAGUUUUGGAGCUUGCUGGAAGUAACGGCUGUCAGGGUUGGAGAAAUACAGCUAAAUUGAGUCAGUUACUUGAAGGUGGAAGGCACAGAAGAAAGAAAUUUUGGUUGCAGUCACAUCAGCUACUUUUGAGAAGCAUUUAGCAAGCAGGUUUCCGAUCAAUGUGAUUUGAUCAAUACAUUUCAUGAAUAGUUGGCUCUCCAGGGAAUUAAAUGGCUUCCAUAUAUUAUAUCAUUGUAGCAUUUCCAUGCACAAUUGCAGCAAUUUCCCUGGCAAUAUGGCAUAUUUACAGACACCUGUUGAACUAUACAGAGCCGAUAUUCCAACGCUAUAUUGUUCGCAUUAUCUUCAUGGUGCCAAUAUAUGCAACGAUGUCAUUCAUGUCUCUCGUGCUAGGAAAUAAAUCAAUUUAUUUUAAUUCUAUUCGUGAAAUAUAUGAAGCAUGGGUCAUAUAUAAUUUCCUUUCUCUAUGUCUUGCUUGGGUGGGUGGACCAGGUGCUGUAGUUACAAGCUUAAGUGGCCGAGUGCUGAAGCCAUCAUGUUAUCUGAUGACAUGUUGUCUUCCUCCGAUACCACUUGACGGGCGUUUCAUUCGACGAUGCAAGCAGGGUGGGUUACAGUUUGUCAUUUUGAAGCCCAUACUUGUUGCAGUUACAUUUAUUUUGUAUGCCAAAGGGAAAUAUGAGGAUGGCAACUUCAGUGCCAACCAAGCUUACCUAUAUGUGACAAUCAUCUACACCAUAUCGUAUUCUUUAGCACUGUAUGCACUAGUUUUAUUUUAUGUGGCAUGCAGAGAUCUACUUCGGCCAUUCAAUCCAGUUCCAAAGUUUGUAAUCAUAAAAUCUGUUGUUUUCCUUACAUACUGGCAGGGAGUCCUAGUGUUUCUAGCAGCAAAGUCUGGAAUCAUUAAAAGUGCAGAGGAGGCUGCUGAUGUUCAAAACUUCAUUAUCUGUCUUGAGAUGGCCAUUGCUGCAGUUGGACAUUUGUAUGCAUUUCCAUAUAAAGAGUAUGCUGAAGCAAACAUAGGUGCAUAUGGUGGUUUAACUGGGAGUCUUACACAUGCCUUGAAGUUCAAUGACUUCUAUGAUGAUACAGUUCACCAGUUUGCACCGACAUAUCAUGAUUAUGUCCUUUACAGCAACGAAGGUGAAGAAGGGACAAGAAAAUAUCGAGCACGGACAUUUGUCCCUACUGGCCAAGAAAUGGACACCGUACGGAAAAACAGAAAAAUCUUUGGAACUGGUAAAACUGAUGAUUUAUAUUCAGUGGGGGUAGCUUCUGCUGAUUGUGCAAGUCCUCGUGUUGUGGAAGUUGGGCAUAAAUCUGUCAAGGAUCCAGAAUCCAUGAAAUCUUCUUUGCUUUUUGAUCCAACAAAUAAUUUUUCGAAGCCUUAUGACAUUAUGUCAUUGGAGUCUUCUGUUAAUGAAAGAAAUCCAUCCGAGUUUAAUCCAAGGAGGGUCUGACAAGCAAUGCAGCAGGUAUAACAUUGGAAUGUAUUUGAUCAGUAAUGUGUAGGAUUAUUACGAAGCACAUCCAACUGAAAAUUUGUUGUCAUUCUUUUACGUGUGGUAUUAGGAAAAAGUAUUUUGUUUUAAUUCAUGUAUAUUCAGUGCUUGGAAUGGGGUUUUGACUCGAGUCCUGAAUAUGGGCAUGUUCUCUUGGGUUUUUUCUCUCCAUGUUGCUUUCUGUAUAUCUAGACAUCCUUACUAGUUAUUCUUUUCUUCAGUUCAUUUGGACAUUCAUCACUUGAACUACUGAUGUGCAAAUGAAAUGAUCAGGGAUCAAUGGCUUCAUUUUAUAAUAUGUAACCAAGAGUUCUCACACGACCGUAUGAUAAAGACGGCUUUCUAAAUGUUUGUAUCUGUGCCUGUAUAAUAAUAAAGCUUGCAGUCCACUCACCUUGUGGAAGGUACUGCAAUUUAUGUA